UUUCCUCUACACACCACUGCCGAUAAGCUGCAUCUGCUCCACGCCACGCACAUCUCCAAUCUCUACACAGCCGUUGUCAGCCUUGCCGAUUUAUAAACGAAGAUCCAGCGCAAGUUUGGCCAGACAUUGCAUGGACUACUACCAGUGUUCAAUCGAAGCGUUGCGCCAAGAACUGCAACGGCGUGACUACACAUCAUACGGCAGUCACGACCAGCUCAGCGAGGGUCUUAGAGCAGACGAUGACGAACGAGGGUCUGAGGCAACAACAGUGAUGACAGAGCAUCCUACGGCAUUCGCACCGCGCGAGGUCAACCUGAUGCAGACAGUCGAGUUCGGCCAGACAGUUCCAGCAAACCAGCUGGUAAACCAGAGUGCGUGCAGUUGCGGCAGACGACUAUGACACGACUACUGACUGCAGGGCAGGAAUCAUGUAUUGGAAUCUAAACACGUUCUUUCCCACUCUCCAGCUCUUUUUCGAAUCCGGUCUCUCGUGUACGAUCGAUGGUGGCCAGCUAUCAGGCGCCCUUAUUGGCCUUGACUCAAGACUUCGGUUUCGCCUCACGGAUUGUACACACGAGGAACAGGGUCGAGUUACCAAAGGCAUGCUGCCGGAAAAGUUUGCACGUUCGGGCGCUGAUAUUAGGAUACUGGAAGCUACGGUUGCACAACGGACAAGCAUCGCGAUGAAGCCUACAGCACCAACGUGCCAGCUUCUUACGCCGAAGGCUCAGGGCCUGGACAUUGUACAUGAAGUCCAUACAGUGAUCGGGCUGCGACUGAGCGGUAUGAAUGAGAUGGGAUACGUCUGGGCGAGGGCCGAGAUGCUGUCAAGGAUGGCUGAAGGGCGCAUAUGGGGCGACGUAAGACUCGCUGGCCUGAGGAACGACGUUCCAGCCCCGUUCUUGGGUCUCGCAGCUGACUUCCCGAAGCCGGGUGGCGAGCUGAGAGUGGUGGAGAAGGGAAGCAUGAUUAAGCUGCCAGCAACGAUUCCCGGUGGUCUUGACAAUCGAGGACGGCCGUGGAUAUGAGCAGCUGGCUUGACGUCCGAACUGAGAGUUACUUUUGCACAUUGCAUGUUGGUAAUGCUUGAAGAUGUAGGUUUUGCACUCUUUGCCUCUGUCAAUGUCAGCAAGCACCCACGAGGAAUUACACAAGAACAAUGGAUCCGCUGUCCAAACCUGAAAUUUCAUCGAAUGUUGUUUGUCACGCUCUACGUGCUGGUCCCUACCUGGGAACUGUGCUGCAAGUACGGCUAAUGGUCGAAGUUUCAGCUGAACAGGCACGAGCCAGCUAUCAGUCAGCCACAAGAUGGGAUGAAAAAUGUCAGAUACCGGUAACGAGGCCUGUUCUGCAGAAAAUUGUCAAUCGGAGGCUGCGGAG